GCGGCGUGAACAUCCCUCCUUAAAUAUCUGUUUUUAGUAAAAUCAUCAUUUAUCACUGCAUCGUUGAACUUUGCUUUCAACAAAAUAUAGAUCGUCAGUAAUAUUUUUAAUUUUCAAAAACUUAGAACAUGAUUGUAUAACAAACAUACAAGAACUUAAAUUCAAUUCAGCACAGAUUAUUUAAAUUUAAAACAACUUUUAAAUACAUUAGGAAAAAAUAAUGAAAGUUGUAGCAUUAAUUAGCGGUGGCAAAGAUUCUUGUUUUAACAUAAUGCAGUGUAUAGCAGCAGGACAUGAAAUUGUGGCAUUGGCUAACUUAUAUCCAGUUGGAAAAGAUGAACUUGAUUCAUAUAUGUUUCAAACUGUUGGUCACCAGGGUGUAGAAUUUAUUGGAGAAGCAAUGGGAUUACCUCUAUAUCGUGAACCAACUUUUGGAAAAUCAAAAAUGAAAGAAAAACAUUAUUUACCUACUGUUGAUGAUGAAGUAGAAGAUUUAUUUAGGCUUCUAAAAACAGUUAAAGAUCGGGAAGAUAUUCAAGCUGUUGCUUCUGGUGCUAUUUUAAGUGAUUAUCAACGAAUAAGAGUAGAAAAUGUAUGUAGUCGAUUAGAAUUAGUUUCAUUAUCAUAUUUGUGGAGGCGAGAUCAGGAACAAUUGUUAAAUGAAAUGAUUGAAUGCUCUGUAAAUGCGGUUCUUAUAAAAGUUGCAUCAUUAGGCUUAGAACCAAGACAUUUGGGGAAAUCUAUUUCUGAGAUGCAACCGCAUCUGGCUAAAAUGAAAGAAAAAUAUGGUUUAAAUAUUUGUGGGGAAGGUGGAGAAUAUGAGACAUUUACUCUAGAUUGUCCUUUAUAUAUCAAAAGUAUUGUGAUAGAUGAGUAUGAAAGUAUAGUGCAUUCAAAUGAUGAAGUUGCACCUGCUGGGUAUUUGAAUUUUAAAAAGAUACAUCUUCAGAAUAAAAAUAGUGGAGAAGAAAAGUUGACACUUCAAGAAAGGUUGAAAAAUGUUGCAGUAAAAGCCUCGUUUGAUUAUAUUUCUGAAAUAGUUGAACCAGACUUCCAAGAUGAAUGCAAUUUAUCAGAUGACGAAAAUGAUGAUCUAGCAAAAGAUAAUAGAGAUUUAAUAAUAUCAAAUUCUGGUAAAUGUAAUUUAGCCAGUAUGAUGAAAAUAACAUGUAAAGAAGAAGAAUAUUUUAAUACUCCAAGCAUUAAUAAAAAUCAAACUGGUUGGCACUGGUUUGGUAAUAUAAUUGGUAAAAAUGUGGAACCAAAGCUUGCUAUGGCAGAAGCAUUGGAUGGUUUAAUUGAUCUAGUUAAAAAAGAAGAUCUAGAAAUAUCAGAUAUUGUUGCUGUGACAAUAUUUUUAAAGGAUUUAUCAAGUUAUGCAGAUAUAAAUGAAGUUUAUGUAUCAAGACUUGUGAAAGUGAAUCCUCCUGUUAGAGUAUGUACGGAAAUUCCUAUUAAUUGUCAUGUUGUUUUAGAUGCAUUGGCAUACAAAAAAGUUGAAAAGGAUGAUAGAAAAAAACAUAAAAAACAUACUAUGCAUGUUCAAAGUAUAAGUCAUUGGGCACCUGCCAAUAUUGGACCUUAUUCGCAUGCCAUUCGUAUUGGAGAUAUAAUCUCAGUAGCUGGACAAAUACCAUUGGUACCAGGUAACAUGAAUAUUCUUGAUUCGAGCAUAAAGAGACAAUGUCGGCUUACUUUAAGACAUAUCAAUCGCAUCGUUAAAGCGAUGGAUUCCAAUACAGAACUAAGACAUAUUGUCCAGGGUAUUUGCUUCCUUACACACCCUAGUUUUAUAUCAUCAGCACGUAAAGAAUGGGAAAAGCGAACUAACAAUGCGAUUGUUGAUUACGUUGUCGUGUCGAGUCUCCCACGUGGUGCUCAAGUCGAGUGGUGCGUUUGGGCGCACCGUGACAAUAAUAGAUUCGAAUAUGAAGAGACUGGCAAAUGUGUUGGAAAUUUUAAAGUUGCAAUUAGAAGAAGAUGGAAUUAUGAAAAUAAUGUUUCUGCGAUCGUUUGUUAUUUAUCAACUGGUCCAUCCAAUUCAACAGGCAAGCUUACUGUGGAAACAAAUACCUUGUCUGCAAACUUGACAAUGACAGAAUUUGUUGAAAUUUUCGAAUACUUUCUCUGUAAAUUAACAAAAGACUCGCGUACGCAUAACCCACCAUGUAAUCUUCGUAUUUUCUAUAAAAUUGGUAGUUUAUCUGGGCCAAAUUUUAUCCAGAAAGCUCUUAUUCAUUUUAAAAAUCGCAAUUUAGUAACGACCGUAAUACCUACUCAUCACCUAUACAAUUACAGUACCUUCCUAUCAGUCUGUGGUAUCAGGCAAGAGUAAUAAAUUCAAUUAAUAGUUGAUAUACUUUUGCUAAUGUUAAUUAUUAAAGAGAAGAAAUCGAUAAUUGUAUUUUUAGCAAACAAUACAGUAAAGCGGGAAGUAAAAAUCAAGCAUGCAAAAUAUUCUAAUAUACAUAUGUAGAUGUGUACAAGUAUACGUAUAGUAAUCUGUAGAAGUUUAGUAUGUACAUAUGUGUACAUAGAACAUGAGAAAAAAAGCCAAGAUAAAAACAAAAAUAUAGAAACUAUUAUUAUAGACUAUGAAUAUCAA